CGGACUGAGUGUGAUUGUGAGUGCCAAGUGCGUGUGAGUUUGUGUGUGUGUGUGCGCGCUCACACUGUAUUUGUGAGUGAGAGCGCGUUUGAAGACCGGGCUUGAUGUGAAUGCGAAGUGUGUGUGUGAGAGAGAGAGAGAGAGAGACAGAGCACUGGAUGUGUGUGCGAGUGAGCGAGUGUGAAAGGGGACGCUGGUGUGAUUGUGAGUGAGUGUGUGAAUGCGUCUGAGAGAGCGUGUGUGUGCGAAAGCGCGUUAGACAGAGCGCUGGUUUUGUGCGUGGAGGAGAACAUUUGAGCGUCGGGCUUUCUAUGAGUGUGUGUAUGGGCGCUCAGUGUGUGUGUAUGAGCGUGAGUGUGAGAUUGAGCGCUACCGCGUUGGAUUGGUACGUGUGUGUGUGUAAGAGAGUGUGUGUGUGUGAGAAAGAGCGCUACAGCGCUGGUUUGGUGCGUGUGAGCGUUUUACACGUCGGACUUUGUGUGUGUGUGUGUGUGUGUGAAAUAGAGAGCGCGUUUGAACGCUGGGCUUUCUGUGUGUGUGUGUGUGAGAGAGAGAGAGAGAGAGAGGGCGUGUGUGUGUGAAAUAGAGCGUUUGAACGACGGACUUUCUGUGUGUGUGUGAGUGUGAGCGCUCCGGCUUUGUGUGUGUGUGUUACUGCGAGAGUGAGCGUGUGUGUGUGUGACAGAGCGUGAGAGCGCUGGUUUGUGUGUGUGUGUGAAAGAGCGUUUGUCAAACAUCGGUCUUUCUUUCUGUGAGAGUGUGAGCAGCGGGCUUUUUCUGUGUAUGUGUGAGAGAGAGAGAAAGAGAGCGCGUUUGAACGCUGGGCUUUUUCUGCGUGUAUGAUAGAGAGCGUGUGUGUAUGUGCGUCUAAGGGAGAGAGAGAGCGCUGGUUUUGCGUGUGUGAGCGUUUAAACAUCGGGCUUUUUUUCUCUCGCUGUGAGUGAGUGCGUUUUUGUGAGCGCCGGGCUUUGUGUGUGUGAGUGUGUGAGUGUGUGUUAGCACAGACUCCGCAGCCGCCCGUUCAUUUCCCCGCACACACACACGGACACAGAGCCCGCACCUUCUGCGGGGAUUAUUCUUUGUCCAAGUUUGCCAGCCAGCCAGCCAGGGCCGCGGUGCGGGGGCUGUUGUUGUGGGGGGCAUCGCUCGCCGCUCUCUGCGCCGCACACAGACGCUUCUGGCCGAAUUCCCUCCGCUUUCCGCCGAAGAUUCGCCCGUGUUUGCGCCGGGCGGGCGGGCGGUACGCAGGCGUACAACCAGUCUUCCGGAUUUCUUUAUAUAUAUAUAUAAAAAAUUUUCUCUCUGGAAGAGAAAGAGAGAGGAGAGAGGAAAACCCCCCCGCCCGGCAAAUUUGCAACCGGAAUGGAGAUGAAGUACAAAGAGUGGAUCCUGGAGACCAUCGACUCUCUGCGUUCCCGCAAAGCCCGGCCCGACGUGGAGCGCAUUUGCAGGAUGAUCGAGCGGCGCUACGGUCUCUCGCCCGCCGACACCGAGCAGCAGCUGAACAAGCUGGUCCGCGCCGAGCUGGUGGUCAAAGUGGCGUACAAGGGCUCCAACAGUUACCGCAACGCUGCCAAGUGGUACAAGAGCAAGGCGAGGAAGGGGCCGGAGUGCGGGGCAGAAGGAGGAGGAGGAGGAGGGGGGUCGUCGCCGCCGCCGCUGGAAGCUUUGCCCCGCUCCCCAGAGCCCGGCCGCCGGACCCUCGCUGCCAGGAAAGUCGGCAGCGGCCGCCUGCAGAUCGCCCUGAAACGGGAGCUGAGCCGCGGGCGUCUCGUCCCCGUCCCCGCUGCUGCCGCCGCCCCGCACAUCGACGCUGCUAAAGUCACAAGCGCGUCUCUCCGGGCUUUGCCCAGCUAUAAGGGUUAUGCCAAGAUUCGCAAGGAGCGAGUGUUCGAGGCCAAUGGCAGCGUCAUUAACCCCUUGACAACUGCCCACACGCUAGAUGAGUGUAUGGAACCAGAACUGACAGAGAUUGAACAACGCACCAAUCUAGAUGUGGAUCAAGAUGCCUCUGAGGUGGAAUCGGCGGGCCAUUCUUCCAUGGACAACAUUCCCAAGGUUCCAGAUUCUACCCACCCUUCAGAAUCGAUGGAGCUCUUGAACUGUGACGCGUACAAGAAGUCUCGUGCCUUGAACGGUCUUGGCCAGGAUGUGUCGGCGAGUUGCGCAGGUGUGGAGAUGCGAGGUGCCUCCUGCCUGCCCACUCCCUCCCCAUCACCCGUGGAGAUGAAGACUUUUGAGACCGGCACCCUGGGAAUGGAGAGCUCGGUGGAGAGAGUGCGGCUCGACCCUGUGGAGUGGACAAUCCUGGACGUCUUCAAUUACUUCAAGAAGGCCGGCUUCGAGGACCAGGCUGCGGCCUUUCAGGAACAGGAAAUCGACGGCAAGUCUCUGCUCCUCAUGAAACGCAGUGAUGUCCUGACGGGACUGUCGAUCAAGCUGGGGCCCGCACUCAAGAUCUACGAAUUCCACGUGAAAACCUUGCAGAUGAGUCACUUAAAGGGCAGCUCGCCUGAGUGUUAAACUCCCGCCCAGGAGAUGAUGUCUUGGUGUCAAAUCCACCCACUGUGUUUCUUCCCCUCCCCAUCCGUGUCCUCCCCAUCCCUGUCCUCCCCAUCCAUGUCCUCCCCAUCCCUGUCCUCCCCAUCCGUGUCCUCCCCAUCCCUGUCCUCGCCAUCCCUAUCCUCCCCUUCCCUCCCCCUGGUUGCAUGUAGGUUGUUGGUGGUCCAUUAUUAGGACGCGUGUGGUCGGGGCGUUGUCAGGCUGAUGUCCGAUCUCGAGGGACCUGUGGUUCGACGCCCUUUCCUUACUGUGACCUGGAACCACUUAUUGUGAGCAGUGGUGUAUUUUGCUGCCCCUGGUUCACCAAAUGUAUUUACGUUUGGACCUGAGCUGUAAGAACACGGCAGACCGGUCGGUGACCAAGGUGAAGCUACACCAGCCAUAACGCGUUGCCUAAGUAUGGGGAGCGUUAUUUAAAAAAGACACUGCUGUGUUUGUAAGAUGGACAUAUAAUGCUGGAGUAACUCAGCGGGACAGGCAGCAUCUCUGGAGAGAAGGAAUGGGUGACGUUUCGGGUCGAGACCCUUCUUCAGACCGAGAGUCGGGGGGAAAGGGAAACAAGAUAUAGACGGUGAUGUGGAGAGAUAUAGAACAAAUGAAUGAAAGUUAUGCUUAAAAGUAACUGUUAAAAUGGAAAGGGGCCGCUGUUAGCUGUGGGCUAGGUGAAAAUGAGACUCAACACGACGACUUUGAAACCGGUCCAUGUACCUGUCCUCGUGUCCUUGAACAUGGUGGGAGCAUUUGAAUCGUCUCAGCUAAAGGGAACAGGAUGGACUCUUUGAAAUCCAUGUUCAAUGGUUCAUAACUUCAUGUGGUAGGAGCAGAAUUUGGCCAUUUGGUCCAUGGAAUCAACUCCGCCAUUCAGUCAUGGUUGAUCUAUCCCUCGAGACCCCAUUCUCCUGCUUUCUCCCCAUAACCCCUGAC